AAUUUGUUUGAGCGGUUGUUUCGGUCGCGUCGGUUGUGCGGAGUUCGACGGUUGUAGCAUAUUAUUAUUGUUGCAAACAUUAAACACACGCGCCACAAAUACUCGCCCCACCUACCCUCUUCUUAACUAGUUUUAGGUACAACACGCAAGUUGUGCAAAAAAUAACGAAAAAAAAACCAAUUUGAAAAGAAAAAGAAGCAACAGGUCGCUGCCCGUUUUGCGUUUGCGUCUGCGUUUUGUGUGUCUCUCGAAAAGGGCAGGCAGGAAAAUUCAAGCCAAUAAAAGAUACAUACAGAAAAAGCCGAAGUGCGCGAAAAUUGUGUUUGCCAACUUGCCUAUGUUUGUUGUUUUGCGAUUAUAAUUUCAGUGUGUGUGUAUGCGUGCGUGUGUUAGCAAUAAACAAACAAACGAAACUGGGGAAUGUUGUUAUUGCCUACACAUAAAUUGUGUGAAAAUUCUGCUGUUGUUUUAACAAUUUAGUCGCGGAAAAGGCGACGCACGUUUGCGUUUUGUGGCAGCAUCGGAAUGCGGCAACAGCAGCAACGCGGCGCAUGCGUCUGCAAAUAUUUGUAUUUGUUGUUGUCGCGACUGCGCAAUUUUACACGCUAAUUGCGCAGACUCCUUGUGCUUGUGUGUGCGUGACUUUCCUGCUGCUGGAAGCUUUCUGACAAAAAAGCUCUCCCAUCACACACCUAUUGACAUCGAUCGCAUUUGCUAGGUCGUAGACCCAAAAAGACACAACUAAUUUAAAGUAAACAUAAACAUAAAAAUAAAAAGUGCAAACAACAGGGAAGGAACAACAUAAAAAUGUCCGGCAAUCAACAGCAGCAGCAGCAGCAACAACAACUUCAACUACAACUACAGCAACAACUGAAGAAUCAGCAACAACAACAACAACAGCAAAAGGCAACAACUUCAAAUACAGCUCCAAGCAAUUUGAUAAAAAUUAAUAGCGUUGACAAAAUUGUACAUAAAACAACAGCGACGAUUAGUAAGCAGCAGCAGCAGCAACAACAACAACAGCAGCAACAAUUUCAGCAGAGACGCUCAUUGCUGCCAUCAACAACAACAACAGCAGCGACAACAGCAGCGCAGCAAAGCGUAACGCCAACGCCGACGCCGGCAGCGCAGUCGCCUGCACAGUCGCAUCAGCUGCAAACUGUGGCCACAAUACAUCAGCAACACUCGACACAACAGCAACACACACAGCACGCAACAGCAACAGCAGCAACUGUUUCUCGUCUCCCCAUCCAACAACAACAACAGCAACAACAACAGAUCAAUAACAGUUCUAAAGAGUUGCCGCCCACGCGACGCAGCUUCUAUCAAUUGCAGCAGCAGCAACAACAGCAACAACAACAGCAGCAGCAGCAAUCGACGCUUAAGGCACAUUUAAAGGCGCCCGCUCACUCGAUCCCCCCUCGCUAUCAGCCACCGCCGCAGCCGGGUCCAGCAGCUGGUGGUGGCAUUUUGAAGCCACACUUGCCUUUGAAGUAUCCACCGGAUAUCCCACAAUUAUCCAGCAUCUAUAUACCAGACUCUGUUAAGCAGCAGCAGCAACAACAGCGACAACAGCAGCGCUAUCUGCAGCAACAGCAGCAGCAACAACAGUCUGUAGGCAAACAGGAUAUGCUAAAGUUUGUGCGCAAACCGGAACAGGAACAUCCGUCGCCCGUUGCAUCGGUCACCUCAUCCAGUGUGGCAGCCACGGGCAUUCCAACAACAACAGCCAAUGGCGGACGUUUAACAGUCGAACAGAAUCGACAAUUGCAGUCCCUGGUGAAUGAGCUCCGCGCGCUGAAGGAACAAAAUCAGCGUCUGCUGGAUGACAAUCAGGAAUUGCGCGAUUUGUGCUGCUUUCUGGACGAUGAUCGUCAAAAGGGACGCAAGCUGGCACGCGAAUGGCAGCGCUUUGGACGAUACACGGCCAGUGUGAUGCGGCAGGAGGUGGCAGCCUAUCAGAACAAACUGCGGCAGCUGGAUGACAAGCAGCAGGAACUGAUCACGGACAAUUUGGAGCUGAAGGAGCUCUGUCUGUAUCUGGACGAGGAGCGCGCCCAUGUGGCAGCAAAUGCUCUGUGCGCCGGCUGCGGAGCAGCGACGCGCAACGCGCUGCGAGAUGAUGGCGACGGCUCCAGUUCAAGCACGAACGCGGAUGAGACAAUCACAGCGCUGCGCAACUAUGCGGAACAACGCCAAUUGCCGCAGGAUCUGCGCAACGCUCACACGCUGAACGAUCAGACGUUGCAAUAUGUGCGCUCGUUGGAGCGACGCAUCCAGCAGCUGGAGGAAGAGCGCACCACGCCCACAGCCAAUAUGCAGCAGCAGCAACAGCAGCAAUCACAACAACAGCAGCAGCAGGGACAAUCAACAACAACAGCAGCAGCAAAAGCAACAGUCGCAUCACCAGCCAAAUUAGCGCCUUCGCCACAUCCUCCUCCACCUCCACAUCUUCACAGCCAGCAGGACAUCAGUCAGGCGGUUGCAGCUGCUGCGGCAGCAAUGCAAAUGCAACAGUUGCCCGAACCCAUCGCCGGUCGUCCCGAGGCUGUUGUUCGUGCCCUGCAAGUGCUCGAGGUGCGAGAGCAGUUGGAACGAGAUCGUCUCGGAAAUUUGGCGGGCAAUGCUUUGGAUCAGAUGGAUGAUGGCGAGAAGGCGCUGGUGCGCGAGAUGUGCAACGUGGUGUGGCGCAAGCUGGAAGGGAGCCCACAUGCUGCCACAGCACUUGAACCGCUCUAAGCAUUUACCAAUACAAACAAAACUAAAACUUGGCUAACAACACACACACACAUCCACAAACACAAACACACCUACUUACUAAACACACAUUGUACAAAGUUUAAGCUUAAGCGCUUUAUUUAAAACAAGAAGAUGAAAUACUCAACAUAUCGAUUUUCGUGUAAUCCUUGACUGUUAAUUUUUUUACAUUUUACAUUUCGAAUGCACUCGCAUGUUAAGCUAACAUUAACAGAACAGAGAUGUUAGACUAACAUCAACAGCUACCACGAUGAGUAUACGAACAAAUGAGCUGUCCUCAAAAACAAACAACAAAAAAUACAAUGCAACAAAUAUUUUCAUAACUA